CGGCAACACAGCAGCCUUCUGUAGUCCAUAUGAAGUUAUACAUAUAAACAAACAGACAAACAUAAAAAGGUUCCCUCCAGUGUCCUGACAGCAUGUCAACCUGGUGGGGUCCAGCUGUUCCAAUAGACGCACCGCGGGCGCGGUGUGAACAACUGGCCGUGCGCCGCUCCUACAUCAGACGGUGUCACAUCACUGUGUUUGAAGGAGGAGGUCGUGAACUCCUCGAGGCCUCCCCGAGAGACUCUCCCUCGCUCCCUGCCCUUUGGACCGGCGGCUGAGAGAAGCGCACUGAGACCUCGUCCGAGGAGGAAAGAUGAGUCGGUGGGAUUGGACUCCAGAGCUCCGUGGACUCCGCGCAGGUUAAGCCAUGUCACGAAAGUCUUGGAUUGAGGAAACCUUCUUCAAGAGAGAGUGUGUGAAGUUCAUCCCUCCCUCUCGGGACCUUCAUAGAUGUAUUCCAGUAUGUCAAGUAUGCCAAAACCUGAUCAGAUGUUGUUGUGGCCGCCUGAUAGGGGAGCACUCUUGGCAAGAGUCGCUUCCUCCCAUAUCCCUCUGUCCUGGUCCAAGACAGGACACGGAAGAGGACUGGUCCAUAGAGCUCCAUACCAAAGCCAGUCCCACCAAUGCCUACGGGACCAUAGACUUUCAAGACACUGCCACACGUGUCUGUCGGGCCAAGUACAUACGCGUGGCUGUGGACUCAAAGGCGGAGGCUCUGCUCCAGCUGAUGCUGAGGGAGUGGCAGAUGGAGAGACCCAAGCUGCUGCUGACUGUCCAGGGAGGCUCAGACAACUUCACCCUGCCCCCUAAAGUCAAGCAGGCCUUCAGCAAGGGGCUAAUCACUGCUGCCCUCAGCACAGGGGCAUGGAUACUGACUGAUGGCAUUAACACGGGUGUGUCUAAGUAUGUGGGUGAGGCUGUGAAAGUAUUCGGGGGCCACGACCUGAGGAAGAGAAACACAGUCGGCAUCACGCCGUGGGGUGUUAUUGACAACAACAUUGACCUCAUAGGCAGAGAUGUGUUCAGGCCCUACCAGCCAUUGGGGAACCCUUUGAGCAAGAGGGCCUCUCUCAACAGUUUCCACUCCCACUUUCUGUUGGUGGACGAUGGAACGCUAGGAAAAAAUGGCUGCCAGCAAGGACUCAGGAGGAAGCUAGAGAAACACAUCCAACUACAGAGGAUACACCCUCGACUGAACCAAGGUGUGCCUGUGGUGUGUCUGGCGGUGGAGGGAGGCCCGGCUCUCGUGUCCACAGUGUUGGACUAUGUUAGCAGUGUACCUCCAGUGCCAGUGUUAGUGUUUGAGGGCUCAGGCAGGGCUGCUGACCUGCUGGCCUUCUUACACAAGCAGACUGCUGUUGACAGGCCGUUGGACCCAGACAUUAAAGAGGACUUCCUCGUCCGGAUUGGAGAUGUCUUUAGGCUGGACAGAGCAGAAGCCUUUCACCUCUACAAUCUCUUCUUGCAGUGUAUGGAACACAGACAAUCUAUAACCAUUUUUGACUCAGAGUCUGAGGACCAGAUGGCACCUGAUGCAGCUAUUUUGACAGCUACGCUGAAGGGCACAAAGGCCUGUGCUGCAGAGCAGCUGAGUAUGGCUCUUGCCUGGGACAGGGCUGACAUUGCACAGAAAGACGUCCUGGUGUAUGGACAGCACUGGCAGGUGGGUUCCCUGGAACAAGCCAUGCUGGAUGCUCUGGUGAUGGACCGCGUCAGCUUUGUAAAGUUGUUGAUUGACAACGGCAUGACUAUGAGUCGCUUCCUCACUGUGGAUCGUCUCGAGGAGCUCUACAACACGCCACAGGGGCAGACGGAUCGUUUUCUGCAGCACCUUGUCGAAGAUGCAAAACAGACUUCCCUUCCCCUAGGUUACCGUCUUUCUCUCAUUGACAUGGGCCUCGUUAUAGAGUAUCUCAUUAAAGGAGCAUACCGCAGCACUUACACACGGAAACACUUCAGAGCUGCCUACAGCCGCCUGCAGGACAAAGGAAGACGGAACAGUUCGGCCUCCUUGUCUAAACAGAAACGGGAAUUAAUACCGAACUCUCCAAGGGGCAGGAGUCUCCAGAACCUGCAUUUCUUUAGAACUGCUCAGCCUUACAAAUGCAAGGAUGAGGACGUGUCACCAGGGAGAAGUCGAGAGACUACGUUAAGCCCUGGCCUUGAUGAUGCUCCCCUGUUGGUCCCCUUUAACUUCAACGACCUCUUUGUGUGGGCCGUGCUUCAACAGCGGCAGCAGAUGGCGCUGUUCCUGUGGCAGCACGGCGAGGAAGCUCUGGCACGUGCCACAGUGGCCUGCAAGCUUUACCGCUCCAUGGCCUUCGAGGCGCGGCAGAGUAGCAUGGAUGACAUCAUUGCAGAGCGAUUCAAGGCUUAUUCACUUCAGUUUGGUCAGCUGGCGGUGGAUGUGUUAGACGGUGCAUUUCGUCAGAACGAGCAGAUGGCCAUGAAGCUGUUGACUUCAGAGAUGGAGGCAUGGAGCCACUUCACCUGUCUGCAGAUGGCUGUCUCCUCAUGUCACAGACCAUUCGUCUCACACUCCUGCACCCAGACCCUCCUCACAGAUCUCUGGACUGGUCCGCUCAACAUGAGGAAAAACUCCUUCCUAAAGAUAAUUUUGAGCCUUCUUCUGCCCCCUGCAAUCCUCCUACUGGAGUUUAAAAGUAAAGCUGAAAUGUGCCAUGUACCACAGUCCCAUGAGGCAAUGCUGUUUGGACUUGACCCUGUGAAGUCAGUACCAGCCCAUGAGGGGACUGAUCACAUGGACAGUAAAGAUGCAGAGCGAGGCCUGUCAGUCCAUGACAAAUGUCCUGGUCUUGUGUCGGAAACUGUGUCCUCUAUGACCAUGCAUUGUCUUUCCUGGAUCACAAGACUGUACGAAUUCUACACAGCCCCUGUUGUCAAGUUCUGGUUUCACACCGUUUUGUAUUUGGCCUUUCUGAUGUUAUUCUCCUUUGUUGUCCUGGUGAAGAUGGAGGAUCAACCCAGUGUACAAGAGUGGCUGGUCAUUGUGUACAUCUUGUCCACUGCAGUAGAGAAAAUCCGAGAAGUACUAAUGUCUGAGCCGAGGAAGCUGAGCCACAAGCUGAAGAUUUGGUUCUCAGAGUACUGGAACAAGUCAGAUUUCAUUGCCAUCCUGCUCUUUCUGGCUGGACUGACACUGCGCUGGCAUGCUGGUCCCUACCGGACGGCGGGGCGCAUUGCAUACUGUCUGGACAUCAUCUUCUGGUACGUCAGGGUGACAGAUCUGCUGGCUGUCAAUCAGUAUGCUGGUCCUUACCUCACCAUGAUCACAAAAAUGACCAGUAACAUGUUCUUCAUCGUGGUGAUGAUGGCAAUAGUGCUGCUGAGCUUCGGGGUGGCCAGGAAGGCCAUCCUGUCACCAGAUGAGGAGCCAUCCUGGAGCCUUGCUCGAGACGUUGUCUUCCAGCCCUACUGGAUGAUCUAUGGAGAGGUCUAUGCAACAGAGAUAGAUGCAUGUGACGAUGGUAUUCCAUGUCCUCCUGCUUCAUUUCUCACGCCAUUCCUCCAGGCUGUCUACAUGUUCUUCCAGUAUAUCAUCAUGGUCAACAUUCUAAUUGCGUUUUUUAACAACAUCUACUUUGACAUGGCAUCAACAUCCAAUAAACUGUGGAAGUACAACCGUUAUCGCUACAUAAUGACCUAUCAGGAGAGGCCAUGGCUUCCUCCACCCCUCAUCCUCCUCAGCCACAUGACCCUGGGUUUGACGGCCAUCCACAAGAGAUUUAGUGGAGAAGCUGAGCAGGAAGAGAGAGGCUCUGGACUUAAGCUCUGCCUGGGCCACAAAGAUCGUAAGAAGCUCCAUGAGUUUGAGGAGAAAUGUGUACAGGCUUACUUCCACGAGAAGAGUGAAGGUCUCCACAGCAGUCAAAUUAACCAGAUCAGAGCAACGGCAGAGAGAGCCGAAGAGAUGUGCAUGAUAAUGGGGGAGGUCUCAGAGAAGGUCAACUUCAUUCAAGAGAGCCUGUCAGAUUUGGACUGUCAGCUGGGUCAACUCCAGGAUCUUUCGGCCCUGGCCAUGGACACUCUUACCCUGCUCUCUGCUUCUGACAGCCUGCAUCAGGAGGAAACACGCCUGGCCCAGUGUGGAUCCAUCACAGCUUCCCGCCACAUCCUUCCUCACAGCUGGACCCUCCUGCACAGAAGCGGAGCAGACCAAGAUGCACUUAACAUGCGACGGCUGAUGGCCAAGUCAUGUAAAAGUACCCCGCCUUCUUUGCUGAAGGGCUUAACUCUUGUGGAGAGUAGACGGGCAUCACAGGAGUGCCAUGUCGAAGACAGGGGAAGCAGAGGAGGAAGACAAGAACACACUGAGGAGGGAAAGGAAAGAGCAAAGGAGGAUUCACUAUCUGAUACUGCUGACCUUCCCAGUGAGAGCUUGCUGGGAGUUUCUAGAUCUGCGUCCCAUGCUGCCUUCUCUCACUGUUAUGGAGUUCAUCCCUGUGGUUUCAGGGAUCAGACACCUUGUGGGUCCUGUGGACCGUCCCGCUGUGGGUGUCCUCUUUCUCCCAGAAGCUUGGAGUCAGCACAUCAUAAACUCUGGACAUGUGACCCACACCUGUAUCCCAGUCAGGAGGAGACUUCCAUGGAAGAAGAGGAAGAAGAAGAGGGGGGAAGGGCACAGGAACAGCUGUCUAACAUGACAUUAUCCAGAGGCUCUAGCAAUGCUGUCCUUCUGUCUGACCCUCCAGACAUCUCUGAGGGCUUGGUUAAUCCUGCCUUUUCUCAGGACAAUAGCCAACCAAGUUGUCGGUCCAGAUCGUCCAACCAAUGGGGAAGACAUGUGAAAACCCCCAGGUGGGCUUUUCCGUCCAGAGACCGUCCCUAUGGCUUCUGCAGGUCACUGUCCUCCAGCAUGGAGAAUAUGACUCUCUCUGGUCCACCCCUCAGUCCAAUGAGGGGAUCAGUUCCCUCUCUUGAUGAACCAAUGAAAAAGCAGAGUUUGUGUGGUGAGAGGAGCUUUAGGGAUGACACGCUACAGUGCAACCGGAGCAGAGAGUGGUCCAAGUCCUCUGACUUCACUCAAGUCUCGGACAGCAGUGACAAAACUCAGAACAGGAAGACAGUGAAGAUACAAGAGAGCAGCCCAGAUACCGCAACCACGCAAUUGUCAGAUGCCUGCUGGAGAAGGCGACGAUGGCUGAGAGGAGAACCUACAUGUUGGUCGGCUUCAGUUAGCCUCAGUCAGCUCAGUUUUGAACCCAUGGAUUUGUUGCAGAAGCAAGUGUUUUCCCAUCAGGAUAUGUGGAGCCCCACUCAUUCAGCAUGGAACAGCUGGGCCAGAUCCAUGAGCCGUAAGUCUUCUUUACAGAGUGGCAUUGCCCCUGAAGCCAAGAGCUCCUUAUUCCAGUCCACUGACAAUUUGUACCCACACUAUUCAGCCAUGGAGAGAAAUAAUCUGAUGAGACUGGCUCACGACAUCCCCUUCACUCCUGUUUCGAUUUUCGGAGGUGAGGAGGUGAGCAUCUACUCUCUGGAGGAAGUACCCUCUGAUGCUGACCCUGAAUUCAGCACAGUCUCUUCCUGGUCCUCACGAGGCCUGUCUGCAAUGCUGCAGCCCCUCUCCAGUGAGGAGGGCUCUCUGGAUGGGGGGCUCCGGCAGGGCUGCAGGGUUUUGUGUACCUGGGCAGAAAGGGACGUACUCACACCUGGUCUGGUAUAUGUGGUCAAAGCCUUCAGGCCAGAGGUGGUUUGCGCUUGGCAGAGGUACUUCCAUGGAAGCACUGCUCUGCAGCUUUGUUUAAGGGAGAUCCAGCAGCAAAGAGCAGCCCAGAAAAUGAUGCAAGUGUUCAACCAGGUCAAACCUGAUGGUAUGCAGCACUCACCAAGAUUUCUUGAUGUAUCGCUGGUCCUCUGGCAUUCAAAUGGUCAGUGGCUAACUAUUGAGAGAAACAUGUCCGGUGACUUCAGGAAGUACAACAACAACACAGGAGAAGAGAUCACCCCCUACUGUUCCUUGGAAGAAAUGCUGCUGGCGUUCUCCCACUGGACCUACGAGUACUCAGGCAGAGAGAUGCUGGUGCUUGAUAUACAAGGAGUAGGAGAGGAGCUGACUGAUCCAACUGUCGUUAUGGCAGACAACCAAAGUGGCAACAGAGGUGAGAUGCUUUUUGGACCUGAUAACCUUGGAGAUGCUGCCGUCAAUGGAUUCCGGCAGAAACACUCUUGCGGCAUCUGCUGCCGCCGACUGGGCCUAGAAGGUCAGAAAUAUUUAAGGAAGCACCCGGACAGAUGCGAGAACAGCAGUGACUCAGAGCCAACGUCGAGGAAAGAGGAAUAAGAGGACGAUGAAAGCAGGAUGUAACCUUUGACCCAGGAAGUGGGGGGGGGGGGGGGCUGCACACUUUUAACAAGUACCAAAACAUGUUAGCCUGAACACACACACACAUAAUAUCUCAGAAGAUACUUUGUGGGAUGUAUUGCAUCGCUCUUUAUUCCUUUAAAACAAAAACAGGAUGAUAGAAGAGCAAUAUCUCAUCAUUAGCUGCCUGUGAUUGGAUAAUAUUUUGUAAUUUACACUGCUAGACAGGAUGCUUAUAUAUUCUUUCAAUAUAUAUCAUAUUUGAAUUGUAUUCUGUCAGGAACAGAGAUUAAUUGUGUUGCAUUCUUGUAAAAAUGGGUGUAAAGCAUCAUGCUGUAUCAUGAAUCAUAUUGGGAUAUACAGAUUUCUUUUGUAAGACCUGACAAAAGUCUAAAAUACAAUUUUUGUUAUACUUUGUUUUAUAAAAAUUGUGACAUUAAGACACUGACAGUUACUGUUAUAAUUAGCAUACAAUUAUAUAAUAAAUCAAAUAGUUCUGUUUGGCACAAAUAAAACAAAUGUGAAACAUUA